AGGUCCUUUCCUUGGGUUCCCGGACCCCUGACCCUCAGAGGUGUCCCGGCACAGGGACACAGAACGCAUUGCUCCUCGCGGAGGGUGGCGGACUUCCCGCUGCGGAUCCCGCAGCUCAGCACCCUGUGGGUGGGUCGGGCUGUACUGGAAGGUCUAUCCCAACCCCAACCGUGCGGAGCUGAGCAUCCGAAGAAGGUUUCCUAGGGGUGGAGAGAGAACCGGAGGCCACCAGGACUCCACCGUGUCCCAGAUCCUCGCUCGCACCCGGGCGGCCGUGGAUGGAGCCCAGCAGCACGGCUCCUGGUGUUCUUGGGCUUCUGGCAGCAGCGAGGACUUUUCCAAGGUCAAGGCAUGAAGGUUGCUGUGUUGGACCUUGGGUCUCUCUUUGCCAAAAUCUUCAAGACUUCGACAACGGCGUCCCCCGAAGUUCCCUCGCUGGUCGCCUCCUCCGGCCACUCGGGAGGUGCUGCUACCUCGGGAUCAGCGGGCUCUGGCGGGGGCACUUCGCUUAGCACGACCCGGACCCUGACCCUCUUACCCUCCCUAGCUCCCGACUCCUCCUCCGCCUCCCGUGGCCCCGCCACGUCGUUGCACCCGCUGCUCACCGCCUCCCACCCCAGGGUCUCUGCCACUAGUCGCACGGCAGAAGCAUUAAGGUCCCCCUUUUCAUUACCCGGUAGCCCAAGAACACCGAAAGUCCAGCCUCUGCCCCUGCCUCCCCCCUGCGGCGGCUACAGUGCCACCAGCUCCCCCGCCCACCUGGGGCCCCUGGCGCGGCCACCCCCUGGCCUUGGAGGAGUCUGGGCUGCUCUGCCCUCUGUCGCGGGGGACAGCAGUAUAGUCGCGAGCCCACGGAACCCUCGCCAGCCUGGCCCUGGAGAGCGAGAGCCCAGUUCUUGGAUCGCUUCUGAGCCUGGCCCCAAAACACUGGUCUUCACCUUGCCGGACAUCGGUGAGGAGUGGGCCUCAGACAGCGACUCGGAGGACAGCGGAGAAGGAAGAGGACUUUCAGAAGGUUCUAGAAAGCACAGUGUUGCUGUGAAAAGCAAAGAUCCUUUACCAACACAUUUUACAAGAAAUGUUCAGAAAGCCAUUGAUAAAUAUACCUGUAGUGAAUCCCCGUCAUCGUUUUCAUCUAGUGGAAGCUGCACACCCACGAGAGCCCACGAUUCAUGGUCAAGGUCUUCAACACAGAGUUCUACCACAGGCUUGUCUACAGAGAGGAGCUCAGUUUAUUCCUGGAGAGAUGAUGAGUUUGACAAAGCCAAUGCACAGAAAGUGCAGCAGUUGUUUUGGGAGGUCGAUGAAAUGCUAUUUGAGGGGAAAGUAAGCCCUCAGACCCAGAAUCUAGUGGCUGAAUGUGGUGAAUGGGCAAGAAGAUCCCUCCAUCUGAGAGUAUUAGGAAGACAGCUUAUCCUGCCAACUGAUGAAGGGUUCCAACACUUCCAGGGCAAUGUGCCUAGUUCUGCUGGCCACAAACCCUUACCUGAUGCCCCAGAAUGCAGCAGCAACAUCCAACAGUUGUGCAUCUCUGGUUCUCAAAUAAUCCCAGCCACACUCUCAGCCUCUGCCCUGCCAGGCCCUGUAGGCACAGGGACUGCCCACCUCACAGCAUGUUCAUCCCUGGAAGAAGAGGUUUACGAUAUGGAUGGAAAGGUGGAAGAAUAUUUUGCUUUUGACAAAAAAGAGGAUGGCGAUGAACGUCUUGGACAGAAACCAGCUUACCGUGGCAGGAAUUGGCAUAAACAUGGACUUCCUCCUAUUUCUCCUCAUGACUGUAUCAAAGAUGCUGUGGCAGCAGAAGUGUUUGAUCAUGUCUGGAAAAAUGUGGUAGAAAUAUUAGAAGAACUGAUUAGGAAAAACUGGGAAACUACACUUAAAGAAGGUAAAAAACAGAAAGAAAAGUUGAAAGUCGCAGAAAAUAGACCUCCACAGGUACUCCCCUCCCGGCUGAGCACUGAUGUGGCUAGCGUCCCCCCAUCCAGGAGUUCUGAAGCUCGCAGCUUGCCCAUGGCUUCUCAUCUUAAUCUACCCCAGAUUCAUCGCUUCUCCAACAAUUUCUACAGUGAUUUGAAUGGUGUGAUGACAAUUCAAGCAAAACCACUCCAGCAGAGACCUGUGUAUUUUGUGGAUAGAACACAGAAUGAACAAGAGGACAAAUCAUCUAGUGUGGGCGCCAGUGCUCUGUCCUCUACAUGGCUCCGCCUGGCUAGAAUCUCAGAUACUCACAGAUUACAGACUUCUGCCAGGAAAAUACCAGCGCACCGGAGGCUGCCUUCUCUUACUUCAGAUUCACAGAGAAUAAAAACCCCCAAUGUGUACAGUGAUGAAAUUCUUAGGGGAACAAAACUGCAAACUGGCCUAGACCACGUGUCUUCCCCACCGGUUCAAACCUCCUGGAGCAGGUUGCCCCCAAUAGGCUCAGAGGCUGGGGAGCAGAUCACAGCUGUUUCUGGAUCCCGCUCCAUUUCCUACAGGGGAAGGUAUCCCCCAAACCAUGUGUCAAGUGCAAUGCCUGAUGGCAUAGAAAGAUCCCCUCUCCGAGAAAAAACCAUUACCCUGGAACAACUUUCAAGGCCCAACACAACCCAUACAUUCCGGUCGGAUACACCUCGAAAAGGAUCACUUACAACGAUGGAAUUUGCUGGUCACACAUGGACAGGUCAAAGUAUUUUGAUAGGUUCACAAUAUUUGCCUAAAUCUUUUCAGAGGACAACUGUGACUUCAAGAAAGAGAUUCCAAGUGGCAUCUUGAUAUUAAUUCACCAGAACCAUGGACUCACUGGAGCAUCCAAAGCCUCAGCAUGCCAUUUUUCACUUGAAAAAUGGAAGAACAAGUAUUAUACUAUUUAUCUGUUUAUCUGACAGUCUGCAAUGUUAGGCUACCUGAGUGAAAUGCAAAUAUAAUAAGUAAUUUCAUUUGAACACCUCACAUUCUAAAGAGCAUGGAAGUCAAAGUCACUAAUCUUCUUUACUGGGAGCAUUCCUGAGGUUCUUCAGGCUUUUCUCAGAAGAUCUAAUAUGUGUUUCAAUUCCAUCAUUCUAUCAGUUACGCACACAGAGAGUGUGUGCCUAUAUGCACACUCGAAUAAUAUAUAUGAUAUAUAUUAUCUAGGUCUAUGCCAUUUUGUAACUUUGUACCUUAAUUUUUUAAAUCUCAUUCUCUUAAUAAUUCCAUAAAAAUCCUAAUCACUAAUGGAUAUAACUUCCUUCUUUGAAAACUAGUAAAGUUGUGUUUGAGAUAAUCUGUCCCAUUUGGAAAAGAUUCUGGUUAUUCUAGUCACGGUGCUGACUUUGUUAUAUCUGUUUAAAAGUGCUUUAAUCAUGAGCUUCUUUGUGCAUCGUCAGUGGCUAAUUAAUUUUAAGCCAACUGUGUGUUACUAGUUUUUAUUUGAAAGGCAAGCCUUGCAUUUGAAAGUCCCCACAUUUAUACAUUUUUAAAGCUGAAUACAAAACAUAAUUAAAACUGGUUCCAUA